GUUGGGUGGCGAGGACUGGGCGGAGGGGCCGCCGGGUGCCCGGCUGGGGCGGGCAGGGGGCGGGGGGUGGGGGGCGGGCGCAGAGCGCGGCGGAGCCGGCCGGACACCAACACCGCCACCUCCCGCGGCUCAUCCCCCGCGCGCCCGCUUCCCUCCUCCCCUGGCCGGGAGCAGCAUCCUCUGCGGACCCUCACGCCUCAUUCCCGGGGGUCGUCGGGCUCCCGCGGCUCCUCCCCGUCACCCGUCCACCCGGGAACUUUCCCGGCCAGUGCCGGGGAGGAGGGGGGCUCCUGUGCUGGGCGGGUUUCUCUUGGGGGUGGGGGCAGUCUCCGAGGAGGGUUUCGGGGUCCCGGAGAGACGCUCGCCACCCCACAACCUUGCCCCCCGCGGGCCAGCCGUCGGGUCUCCGCACCCUUGCUGCCCCUGUGUCCCCCACCAUGACCGAAAUGAGCGAGAAGGAGAACGAACCAGAUGACGCGUCCACCCACAGCCCCCCGGGGUCCAUCUCUGCCCUCCAGGAAACCAAGCUCCAGCGCUUCAAGCGGUCCCUGUCCCUCAGGACCAUCCUGCGGAGCAAGAGUGUGGAGAACUUCUUCCUCCGCUCGGGCUCGGAGCUCAAGUGCCCCACCGAGGUGCUGCUGACGCCCCCCACCCCGCUUCCCCCACCCUCCCCACCCCCCGCAUCCGCAGACAGGGGCCUGCCCACCCCGACGCCCUCCCCCUGCCCAGUGCCCCGCCCCCUGGCACCGCUCAAACCCCUAAGGCUGCACAGCUUCCAGGAAUACGUCUUCAAGCGUGCCAGCCCCUGUGAGCUGUGCCACCAGCUCGUCGUGGGCAACUCCAAGCAGGGCUUGCGCUGUAAGACGUGCAAAGUCAGUGUCCACCUCUGGUGCUCCGAGGAGCUCUCGCACCAGCAAUGCCCAGGCAAGACGGCCACCUCCUUCCGCCGCAACUUCAGUUCCCCGCUCCUGGUGCACGAGCCACUGCCAGCGUGUGCCACCAGCAAAGAGUCACCACCCACGGGGGCCAGCGGGAAGGUGGAUCCCGUCUACGAGACGCUGCGCUACGGCACCUCCUUGGCCCUGAUGAACCGCUCCAGCUUCAGCAGCACCUCCGAGUCCCCGACGCGGAGCCUGAGUGAGCGGGAUGAGCUGACCGAGGACGGCGAAGGCAGCAUCCGCAGCUCAGAAGAGGGCCCUGGGGACAGCGUGUUCGCAGCCCCGGCGGAGAGCGAAGGGUCAGGCCCAGAGAGGAGCAGCCCUGGGCAGCAGCCCCCCAAACCCGCCGUGCGGAAGGACGUGGGGCCCAUGUACUCCUACGUGGCCAUCUACAAGUUCCUGCCUCAGGAGAACAACGAUCUGGCUCUGCAACCUGGAGACCGGAUCAUGCUGGUGGACGACUCUAACGAGGACUGGUGGAAGGGCAAGAUCGGCGACCGGGUUGGCUUCUUCCCAGCCAAUUUUGUGCAGCGAGUGAGGCCAGGUGAGAGUGUUUGGCGCUGCUGCCAACCCUUCUCCGGGAACAAGGAGCAGGGCUACAUGAGCCUGAAGGAGAACCAGAUCUGUGUAGGCGUGGGCAGGAGCAAGGACGCCGAUGGCUUCAUCCGCGUGAGCAGCGGCAAGAAGCGCGGCCUGGUGCCAGCCGACGCCCUGACAGAGAUCUGAGAGGAGCCCAGGGAGGCCAGAUGCCCUUCCUGCACAUCCCAGCCUCGCUCCUGGCCCUGACAGGGGGUCCUGGCUCCCCCAUCUGCGUCUCAUCUAGGGAGCUCACCUGGCCUGGGGCCUUCUGCUGCAGGAAGGUUUUAUUUGGGGGGGUUACUCCUCUGGGAGUUGGGGGAGGAGAAAGUGGGAGGGAGGGGGGAAGCUCCAGGGAGACCCCGCAGGGCUCAGGGACCCCCAGCCCAGUGGCCAUUCCAAGUCCAGCCCUGGGGGGUGUUCAUGGGACACCCCCACUGCUGCUUCCGAGAGUCUUCCUGUGCCCCUUGCAUGUGCCCACCUGUCCCCACAGAACCCCUGCUUGGGUCUAUGUGUGUGACCCGUGGCUGACCUCGAGGGAGUGGGGCCUCUCUGGACAGGACAGCACCUGCGGGGGCUAGGGGGGGGCUCAGCCCUCCCAGCCAUCAAUUCUCAGGAAAGUUCUGUGGGACCCGCUCCCAUUACUUGAAACCUGGGCAGACGGGGUGGGGCUCUCUGCGACUGGCCCUUCAUGAGGACCAGUUCUCCUGGUCGAUGGCAAAAGGACACCCAAGAGCGGUCCCCACAGAGAGCACAAAACCGGCCCAUGCUCGAUCAAGCAGCCCCAUUUCACUGUUGGGAGCCUGGGUGUCCCCAGAGGCAGGACCCACGACCGGGCGGUGGGGGGAGACGCCAAGACUCCCCAGUUUCUGCCUGGGAGCCCCUGGCAGUCCUGACCUCCCAUCGCCCUGUCCCAGCUCUCAGGGGACCGCCCAGGUGCUGUCCCCUUUCUGGCUAUAUCAGCUGUGUCCUGGCCACAGAGCAGGGGAGGGAGAGGGGGGUGCCAGGCCAGGGAAGCAGAAAUUCUCUUGGGCCACCAGGAAAAGAAGGGGGGGCCCUGGAGGAGGCUAACACACAAAGGGGACCCCUCUGGUGCCCACCUCUCCUCCCAAGCUCAAAGCCUCCUUUUUGUGCCCUUGAUCAUGCCAGCCAAUGCCACCCCUGUCCUGGGCACAGUCACAUCCUCUCCCCAGUGGGAGGGACACUGCUUCCCGCCCACUGGCCACCCUCCCCCCAUCCCACUUGCCCUCCCCCACACUGCAGUGGGAGAAGUCACACUGCCCUGUUUGCUGCCAUGAGGCCCCCCCAGCAACACCCCCGGGGCGGGCCCCUUGCCCACUGUACAUGAGGCUGCAUGAUGGGUCUGCGGGGGCAGUGCGGAGCCCCCAGACUCCUAAUUAAAUGUUUCUGGUCUCA